GCCUUGUUGUUUGCACAUGGUGAUCUGAAGUGGGAUAAAUUCCAUAUUUUGAUCUCGCACUCCACAACACCAGAUCUUAUUAAAAUGAUAUCAAAACUAGAUGAGUUCAUAAUGCAACAGUUCACGAGCAGUAAACGUGCGUUAGGGGCCAUCGGGCCGAUGUCAGGUAGCGGGAGACUAAAAGCUCAUGACAAACAUAGAUCAGCAGAUGAAGAAUCUUUGCUAUCAGAGCUGCGUCAUCACCGGCACUGGCAGAAGGCACUGAGUAACAUUACUGGUUGUAGGUUCUCCAUGCUGCCAACCAUGUUACCCAAGGAGGGUAUGAUUCUCGGUGGAACAUUGACCUUGCGGGGUAACAACUUGACCUUGGGUUGUUUCCAUGGAAUCAACUUUCGCUCCAAGUCGUGGGCAUUGUUUACAAUGAGUGAACCGUACAUUUGCUUUGCAACAGAAGCUUUGAAAACAAUUGACGAAGGAACUCAUAUUGUGCAGGACCUUACAUUCUAUGUGGGUCAUGACCUCACAUCUCACCAGGAGAAGAAUAUGGCAAACGUUCUGAAGAUCUCACGGGGACAUUCAAUGCCACCGACAUUUACUAAUGCCCAUGAGUGGUUCCAUUAUGCCUUCUCUAACACAGAAAUUAAAGAUCUCGAGUCGUUUCCAAGAAUGCAGCGUGCUGGUAGUGAGAGUCCAUCAGAUUAUCGUAAACGUAAAUACAUGGAUUAUAAUCAUGAUUGUGAGAUGAUAUUUGCCUUACCAUCUCUACAAUUACAGCUUAGAACCACACAUCAACAGUCAGAACAGGAACCAGUCGAUGAUGAUCCAAAACCAGUUGUAGAGUGUAGUUUUGUGACAGAGUUUGAGGACCAUAUUUAUGUUGCCAUGGAUGCAGAAGUUUUCCUAUUCUUACAUGACCUUGUCAUGGCAUAUAUUUCUGAAAAAGAUAAAGGUGCUCGUUCAUCAGUAGCAGGGACAGGUGGCAAGUCGGCAAAGUCUCAGGCCGAGACCAAGAAAAAGGAAAUAAUUGAUCCAGUAACCGUGUUACAACAAGACUGGCGAGAAUAUGAAUGUAAAACAUGGCACCUGGAACCAACUGUCAGACUUCUUCACUGGGCCAGUAAGCAGAUAGAUCCUGUUGGUGUGGAUUAUAUUCUUCAGAAGCUUGGUUUUACCCAUGCCAGAGUUACAAUACCUAAAUGGAUGCAGCGAGGUUUCAUGGAUCCGUCUGAUAAAAUUCUUUCCAUGCUUGUUAACAAAAUGAUAGUCAUGUUACGGGAUGCCCCUAAUGCAGAAUCUCCUAAAAAGACUUGAAGUAACAUGAUGAA